ACAUAAUUUACCUAGCUAUGGCUUUCACAAAUAAAUCUCAUUUUAUAAUGUUGUUUAUAAUCUCUUCUACUCUUAUUCUCUUUGUGUCUGCAUUAGAUUUUUCUAAUGCUCCAGCAGAAGCACCAGGCUCGGACGACGACGGCUUGUUACCUCUAGCCGAAAAACAUGUUGUAAUUCGCAACAAGGUAAAAAACAGAGAAAUAUUGAAUGUACAUUGCAAAUCUAGUGAAGAUGAUUUUGGGAUUAUCCAUCUUCCUUGGAAUGGUACAUGGGGUUUCAGAUUUCAUGUUAACAUUUGGAAAAAUACGAAAUUUCGUUGUCAUUUUACAUGGCAUAAAGGCGGAUCUCAUUAUUUUUAUAUAUUUAAAGUAUCAAGAGAUGAUAGUGCAUUUGGACAAAUUCCAGUUUGUAAAGAAUGUAUAUGGGAAGUGGGAAAAGAUGAUGAAAACCCUAUUUGUCGUAUUCCUCGUGAGAAGGAAAACAAUUCAUACUGUUUCAAAUGGGAGGAUGGUCCUUAAGAAAGAAAAAAAAAAUUAUUGUUAUCACUAUAUCUUAUCAAAUAAAUGUAACCAUCAAAAUUGAUUGAAAAAAUAUAAUACCAUUUAUAAUGUUGGAAUGUUUGAAUGUUUAGAAGCUUUCUUUAUUUGAAGUUUUUACAUAUCCACAGAAGCAAACUAAUCUUUUUUCUUAGAUGGAUUAUAUUAUUUUUCUCUUACAUAAACAUCCUGUUGAAAACUAAGCUUCUAACUCUAUUACCUAUAGUUUCGACUGUUGUUACUAUUUAGUACAGCUAAUUCAGCCCUACCAAAUGGCAAACACCAUCUAAGAAACUUAAUGAGCCAAUGAAUGAAUCAAUCCAAGUUCUCAAAAGAUAUGAUUUGAAAGAACCACAUCC